UCCCCUGCAAAAGCGUCUGAUCAUUCUGUUGAAGAGAUCAACACAGGAAACUCGAGAAAAUGGCAAGAACCAAGCAGACGGCCCGUAAAUCCACCGGAGGUAAAGCCCCGAGGAAGCAGCUCGCCACCAAAGCCGCCCGUAAGAGCGCUCCAGCCACCGGCGGCGUCAAGAAGCCUCACCGCUACAGGCCCGGCACCGUGGCUCUGCGAGAGAUCCGUCGCUACCAGAAGUCCACCGAGCUGCUGAUCCGCAAGCUGCCCUUCCAGCGUCUGGUGCGAGAGAUCGCUCAGGACUUCAAGACGGACCUGCGCUUCCAGAGCUCCGCCGUCAUGGCCCUGCAGGAGUCCAGCGAGGCUUAUCUGGUCGGUCUGUUCGAGGACACCAACCUGUGCGCCAUCCACGCCAAGAGAGUCACCAUCAUGCCCAAAGACAUCCAGCUGGCCCGCCGCAUCCGUGGAGAGCGCGCCUAAACGCCUGACUUCACAAGUCUUGAAACCACAAAGGCUCUUUUAAGAGCC